AUGCAGUCGGACCUGCCGCCGCUCCCGUCCUACACACUCAAGCCGGUCCCGCCUCUGGUCUCAUGGCUGAAGGACGAGUACAUGACCUUAUUGCUCCCCGUUCUCGCAUACUGGGUAGUAUCCAUGAUAUUCCACGUAAUCGACGUGUACGACUUAUUCCCUCAAUACCGACUACACACCCCCGCCGAAGUCCUCAAGCGAAACCAUGUCUCGCGAUGGGACGUAUUCCGCGACGUCAUCAUCCAGCAGGUCAUACAGACCAUCUUCGGCUUCGCGCUAAGCCUGCUUGAUGAGGAAGCAACAUACGGGAAGGAAGAGUACAGCAUUGCUAGCUGGGCCUUGUUGAUUCGAAAAGCACAGCAUUAUGUUCCCGCCUUGCUAUCGGUUGUCGGUCUGAACGCUGGUGCUCUGGCUAGCAACCUUAACCUCACCCACCCAAACGCAGCAUCAAUUCUCUCGGGUGGGAGAUACCCGGGGCUGGUGCAGCUGGUCUCCGUGAACGGCCAAAGCGAGAUUGCACCAGCCUUUGCGCCUUGGGAAAUGCAGCUCGCCAAGGCCCUGUACUGGGUGGUUGUACCCGCGUUGCAGUUCUUCAUUGGCAUUGUAAUCGUCGACACCUGGCAAUACUUCCUUCAUCGUGCGAUGCACGUGAACAGGUGGUUGUAUGCAACUUUCCACUCGCGACACCACAAGUUAUAUGUGCCUUAUGCAUACGGCGCGCUCUACAACCAUCCAUUCGAAGGCUUUCUCCUCGAUACCCUAGGCACCGGUUUGGCUUACCUCGUUUCUGGCAUGACCGUCAGGCAGUCCAUGUGGUUCUUUACCUGCGCCAGCAUCAAAACCGUGGACGACCACUGUGGCUACUCGCUCCCAUUCGACCCUCUCCAGCUUAUUACUUCAAACAAUGCCGCCUACCAUGAUAUCCAUCACCAAAGCUGGGGCAUCAAGACAAACUUCUCUCAGCCAUUCUUCACGAUCUGGGAUCGCAUCCUGAAUACUAUGUGGAAAGGGGGUGACGUAUCUGCACGAUACGAGAAGAGCCGAGUGCACGCCCAGCACAAGGUCGAUCGCGAUAAUGGAAUCAGAGCGGCGCAGUCGGACAGCGUCAACACUUCAUCUGCAUCCGAAAUGGAUGAAACCAUCAAGAACUCAUCGAAUACACCAAUAUCAGUACGGCGGACAACCCGAAAGAAAGCGACAAGCAUAUCGCAACAGUCCGGAAAUCUCAAAGGGCUGCGUAACAAGGUGAACGAGAGUUUGCAAGGAAAAGGAGGGAACGUUUUAGGAGUGGAGAGCGGACAUUGA